AUGGAGGAGGAAAUCUUGAGCAUUCAAACACCCGUCGCCUUCGAUGAGUCGAUCGCUCACCAAGAAAUACAUGCACACAAGCCGUAUGCGUCAUCAACUUUUAACAACAGCGACGAGAUUCGCAUCACCGUUCAGCAUCAGGAUUUAUGCAUAUUACCAAGCAAGAGUUCGCUGCAUAUCUCGGGAAAAUUGGUCAAAUCAGAUGGCAGUCCAGCAGCGGUUACAACCCUGGUCAACAAUGCCAUCUGCCAUCUGUUCGAAGACGUACGGUACGAGCUAAACGCUGUAGAGAUUGACAAAUGCAAAAACGUUGGUCUAACCAGUCUGCUGAAGGGUUUCGCCUCGCUCAACCCUGGUCAGAGUUCGCUCAUGGAAAACGCUGGAUGGCUCGAUGUUCGAGAAACGAAAAAAUUAACUGACGCCGAUGGUAACUUUGAUGUGGUUAUUCCCUUGAGCAUGAUAUUGGGCUUUGCCGAAGACUAUCGCAAGAUCAUCGUCAACGCGAAGCAUGAGCUGAUUCUUACAAGGUCAAAGAGCGAUUCAAAUGCCAUUGUUCAAAAUCAAGACGAAGACUUUCGAGUCGUGAUCGAUCAAGUGGAAUGGUUAGUACCGUACGUGAAGCUUUCGGAACAACGAAAAAUUGCUCUGUUGAAUUUCAUCGAGAAAGAUACACCUGUCUCCAUGAGCUUCCGCAGUUGGGAGAUGUACGAAUAUCCUCUGCUACCGGCAACCACGAAACACGUGUGGACUGUAAAAACGUCCACUCAUUUGGAGAAACCGCGAUUCGUUAUUCUCGGUUUUCAAACGAAUCGGAAAAACAAAGCCGACAAAAAUGCCAGCCAUUUUGAUCACUGUAACAUCACCGACGUCAAGCUCUUCUUGAAUUCCGAUUAUUAUCCGUACGGUAACCUGAACCUGGACAUGAGUCAUAAUCGCUUCGCACUGCUGUACGAGAUGUAUGCCAACUUCCAGGCUACGUACUACGGCAAGGAACCCGAACCUUUGUUGACUAAGAGGGAAUUUCUACAGUACGAACCUCUGAUAUUCAUCGACUGUUCGAAACAAAACGAGGCUCUGAAAUCUGGACCGGUUGACAUUCGUAUUGAAUUUGAGGCUAAAAAUAACUUUCCCACUGUCUUAUUCACGAUGGAGUUCAUAGUUGACGUGCAAGGAUUCAACAGACCAGGCCCUGGUUUUACGCCAAAAGAGUUGGCAGUUAUAUCAGUCAACGAAGAAACUAACCCGUCAAUUUUUCUCUUCCAACCGCCGUACGAUUGGAAUUCUUUACUCGCUCCGUUUAAGAGCGAAAAUUUGUGGCUGUCACGGAAUUAUCACGGGUUAUCCUGGGAAGGCGGUGACGUACCUUUAGAGAAGCUUAAUUUCACCGUCGAAUGCGUGUCGCUGCGUGACGCGUCAACGGUUUACGUAAAAGGAUUGGAGAAGAAGAUUUAG